ACUUAGUUGACUUUCUACUGUUUUACCGUAGCUAGCGUUGAGUGUAUGUGCGCGCCUAUACCGCGACGACUAUGAUCAACUUUGCGAUCUAAUAUACAGGGUGUAGUGAAGAGAACUGGAAAUUAGACGAGGGAAAAUGGUGGUGGAGUGUCGCGUUUGGCAAGUGUGACAGAUCGGGGUACGGAAGACAGAGAAUCGGUGAAGAAAGAGCGGUUUUUAUGAAUGAUAAAGUCAACCCGAUUAGGAACACUCUAAUUAUAUUAGACACGAAGAAAUUCUAAACGAAAACCUAGAUCAGAUAAAAAAAACCCUAAUAAAAAAGCAGGUGUGAUAUUCAAGUUACAUCAUUAAAUUUUAAAAGAUACUUCUUAAUGAUAAACUAUCAAAAGACUCAUCAUGCAGACGACUACAUCAACCGAGACGAAGAUGCUUCAGGACAAGCAGCAACAGCAACAGCAGCUUGCUGCAUCGAAGGAAGAAUCAGCUGCUUCAACUGCCCUGGCAACAGCUUUAAUCCAGGACAAUUUUCUGCAGAGAUCCAUUCAAAAUGUCGCGUUAACGCUUCAGAAUGCCAUGCUGAAUUCACUACAGCAAGCUGCCCUGUUACCGGCUAAUAGUGCAGCUGCAGCUGCUCUGAAUUUGCAGGCGCUGGAAAGUUAUUUGACGUUGCAGAGGUUGACAACGACAGUUUCAGCUAGCAACACCGACUGGGCUACCGCUCCAGUAACCCAAAAAGUCGACAUCCUCACCCCCAAAGUAGACAUCCUCAAAAUAGCAACAAACACGGCGAAAAUCAACGAAGAAACCACCAGCGAGGACACCAACACCACAAGCCUCACCGAAGACGUCGAACUAAGUGAAGAAGUCGAAGAAGACCUAGCCCUGCUCGACCAUGAAGAAGCCCUCAAUAAUUUCUCACUAUCGUCCAGCCCAGUGGACACCAGCUAUCCAUCUCUAAUCAUGAACAGCGUCUACCACAAUGCCAGCACUACAACCACGAGUAAUAACAGCUCUCCAGAGUCUCCGGAAGCGUCAGGGGUGCCAGUGGCAUCGGCAGUGGUGCAGAUAGCCAGCGGCGCGGCGCUGGGCAGGCAGAAGGGCACGGCGAGGCCGAAGAAACAGUUUAUUUGUAAGUUCUGCAACAGGCAGUUUACGAAGAGCUAUAAUUUGUUGAUUCACGAGAGAACGCAUACUGAUGAGAGGCCGUACAGUUGUGAUAUUUGUGGGAAGGCUUUUAGGAGGCAGGAUCAUCUGAGAGACCACAGAUACAUCCACUCCAAAGAAAAACCAUUCAAAUGUACAGAGUGUGGUAAAGGUUUUUGCCAGUCCCGAACCCUAGCAGUCCACAAGAUCCUCCACAUGGAGGAAUCACCUCACAAGUGCCCUGUAUGCUCCCGUUCCUUCAACCAGCGUUCCAACCUCAAAACUCACCUACUCACCCACACAGACAUCAAACCAUACAACUGCUCCUCCUGUGGCAAAGUAUUUCGAAGAAACUGCGACCUGAGAAGACAUAGUUUGACGCAUAAUUUAGGCGCUAGCAACGCUUCAGCAUCUGGUUCCCCUAGUACCAGUUCUAGUACGACCAGUUUCAGUAUAGAUUCGAUCAUCAAUAAAACCAGCAGUGGAGAUGAAGGAGAUUAGUGAAAUGUUUAAAAAAAAUGAACUUUUGAACUGUCUGACAGUGAAAAAAGACUUGAAACAGAGUGCUUUGAAAUUGUUAUAAGAAAAUUUGGAUUUUGUUUUGUUGUAAUUAUUAAGAUUACGUGCCUUGGAUAUUAUAUGUAGUAAGAUAUUAUGAUCUUCCUUUUUUUGUAUAAAAUCGUUUUGUAAAAAUAUAUUUUUUAAUAAAAUAUCUUAAAAUA